AUGCCUACCGACGGGCCGCAGCAGCCCAUUCACAGCGCGAAGGCGGCCAUGGACUCCCUCGCCACCAUCCUCGGCGGGGCGCUCCCGGGCUCCGUCGUCGCAGCCGACGACCCCGCGGCCGCGCUCCUGCACGACGCCGACGUCGCGCGAGCCGUGACUGGGCUCCUCCGGGGCGCCGGAUCGGGCGCCGGGAACGACUGCCUCUGCCGCUGGCUCUACGACUCGUUCCGGUCCAACGUCCCCGAGCUCCAGCUCGCGGUGCUGUGCUUCGUGCCCGCGCUGGCCGGCGUGUACAUGUGCCGCGCCGUGUCCCGGAAGCCGCUGGCCGGGUUCGAGGCCGUGCUCCUCGCGCUGUACGCGCACGCCGUGGCUCAGCGCGGCGCCGGGGUGGCCGAGACCGUCGCGCUCCCGAACCUGGCGAACCCGAGCCCGUACCACGACGCCAAGGUGCCGCCCAAGGCCAAGCCCGCCGAGCUCGACGUCGCCGUUCUCUCCCCGCCGCUGGAGCCGCACGGCACCAUGCGUGCCACCCGCCGCGCACGCAUCGUCGGCGCGGUGCUGGAGCUCUACCAUGGCAAGCUCGCGCAAAUGCCGGUCUCGUCCAAGAUGGACUUCUGCGAGUUCUGCGCUGCCUGGGCGGGGACUCAUAGCAAGCUGGACGACAACGAAAAGCCGGGCGUCGCGCCCGCGCCCUCCUCCGACGCUGGCGUCGCGGAGAAAUGGAGGCGGGUUCCGCUGCCCUGGGAGCUGUUCCAGCCGGUGCUGCGGAUCGUGGCGCACUGCCUACUGGGAUCCACGCGCUCCGACGAGCUGAAGGCCCAGGCCGCGCGCGCUGCCGAGUGCCUGUACUGGAGGGCCACCGAGACGGUGGACGCGCGCGCGGUGCUGACCAGCAGGAGCCUCGUGAGGCUGUCGCAGAUGACGGAGGAGCCCAUCCCGGAGCCGUCCUUCUCGGGCGCCGUCGAGAACAUGGCAGAGCUGGAGGCCAUGAGGGCCAACAUCCUCAGCAUGAAGAACUGA